AUGGAGUCGAUGUACGCCGAGGGCACCAUGCUCAAUGGCUCGGCAUCUACGUCUCGCCCACAACCCCAACCACAAGGGCCACAAGAUGAAGGAGUCGAGGGCAAACUACCCGGCCCAAAGCCGAUGAAUGGGGCCGCCAACCAGGACGAAGGACCAAGUACAUCGCCCAUCGAGGUUGAGCCUGCGAUGCCGGUUGCAUCAUCUUCGUCGGCGGCAGCAUCAGCAUCAACGUCGGCUCCAGUGCCAGCUACAGCCCCCUUAAACGGCUCACGAGCAAUCUACCCACCCAACGUGGUGCCCAACCCGGCCGCGUCUCUGCCCGCCGACCGUGUCGAUGCCGUCCUGGGACCCUUGCAACGGCCAGAGUUCAUCCCUGGAGACUUGGACGAGCGUAUCGUCCGCUCCAGCGUGUGGAUGAAGACUGUCCCAUCAACCGGCGACCUGCUAGUGAUCAAAAUGAACGAACCGCCAGCUCCACCACCACGAGCCCCCCAGCCAGCACCCCUGCGCAGCCCGGACAAGGGCAAGGGCCGUGCUGUUCCUGGAGCGGACUCGGACGACAACGAGAGUGCCGACGAGCGCGAGCACGGUCAUGAACACGAGCACGACCACGACCAUGAGCAUGACGCCGACACGACCGAGGGCGGCCGCGGCAAGCGUGUGAGGAAGAAGCGACGCCUCUCAGCCUCGGACGAAUUGGACCCCAACUUGCUCAAUUUCGACGGCACCGGCCUUCGUAAACCCCGUUCACGAGUGUCUCGUGUCGCUCACCACCUCCCACCAGCGCACAGCGGACCAUUACGGCCCGAGGACGUGGUCGACAAGGACACGAGCUACCGGGAUGCAGUCGUGGCUAAUGACGCCCGCGAGGCGCUCGGUGACAUGCGCGGAUUCUGCCCAGCCUGGACCGACCGCAGGAGAGCCCUCUUUGCCGCCGCGGAAUACUUGCGAAACCCCAUCUCGACGACUGGUGCCAGUGUAGACAUUGGCGCGAGCGGCCUGGCGCGGGGUGUGAUCCUCGAGGGACACACCAUCUCACCAGCAUACUGGGGAGAGGGACGUAUGGCUGGCACGAUCGUAGCCCCUAUUGGAGAGGCAAGGCGGAAGGCGCCCGACGCCGCUGCGAGUGGUCCACCACCAUCACCAACACGACCUCCAGCGACUAUUGCCGACGAGCUCAACAUGGCGAUGAAGAGUACCGACGAGCCAGAGGGCAUCGCUCGUAUCGCGACGGCAGCGACGGCAUCGACCUCCAACGGCACCACUGCCAGCGUGCCGGCCGAGACCGCGCCGGUGGAAGCACUGCUCAUGGCCAACCGCGCACGGACACCAGUCGCCCUCGCUGUCGGUCACGACUACCCGGGCGUCCCAUUCAAGGUGCCACGCGCACUUGUUGUGCUGGGCUGGUUCUGGAUCACCGAGGCGUGGACCGAGCCGGUUGGGCUGGGCGGGAUGGUGGUGUGGAAGUUUACCUUUGAGUGGUGCACGGGCAUCCAGAAGCAGCCGUGGUGGACGCCCAAGAGCAGCACCACCGAGCGUGAGCCGACACCCGCGGGGCAGGUUGAGGGUGACGUCCCUGCCUGGCCUGUCCGUGGACCAGGCAUUGCCCACACGACGACUCUGCGAGGUGCCCAGACACAACAGCCACCUCCGGCAGGCCUCGGGGACGGCCAGGACUAUCGUCAAGCGACCCUGUGUCCCGCCUGCAACACCUUUUCAGACCAAGUCUACGCCUCGCGUCAUGUCUGCCUCAACGAAAAGUGUACCGCAUACUUUGGUGACGCCUCGAACCGCGAGCUUGUGCAAGAAACCAUUGGAGCACCAGCACCGUGUCGGCCAGACACGCGCAUAUUGCCUGAAUCCCUUCGCCUGAGUCUUGCACCUCCGGGCCCAUCAACAAAGUUCUCCGACGUCCAGCGCCACGAUGCCCAGCGCGACUUUUGGCGCGCGUGGGUGUGCAAGCGGUGUCGUAGCGCAAACGAGCGCCGGGACUGGUUUGGAUACCUCUGCGAGGCGUGUGCGCUCAUCGACAAGCCAAAACGCAAAGUGUACACCUCUGAAGCGCUGGCUCCAGCCGCAAGGUUGCCCUGUACUGGAGCCAGGCCAGAUGACGGAUUCGCUUCCUGGACCGUGGACGCCAGUCGUGACGUGACCCAGUUCCCAGACUGCGUCAAGGUCCUCGCCCACACCGUUACACUGCCGUCUCGGGCCACCAUCGAGGUGUCGCAUGCCCUCAGCUCUGAGCCCAUGGCCGCUCACGCUCACACCGUGUUUAUGGGAUUCCAGAGGCAAGGCCGCGACGAGGUGCCCUUGCGCCGCGAAUAUCUCAGUGCAAGCAGCAGUCGUGCUGCCAACCUGGCGCUCAGCCCGUUCUACACGUUGCUGUGCGGGCCCGACAAUGCUCCCUUCACAGCCCAUUUCCCCACUGGCGAGGCUGUAGCGUGGAGCGAUGCGCCGAGACCAUGCGGUGACGCAAUGGACCUCAUCUCGGAACGUGUCGGCAGGGUAUACCCCGAUCACGAGCCCUUCAACAGCCUCCUCACGGCGGCGAUGCCGGGUGCUUUGUGGAAGGUGGACAUGGCAACCGUUCCCGUUCCCGGGGGCACCCCCACGGCCUUCCUCGUCCUCGGCUCGGACUGCGUGGUCAAGUUCAAGCCCGCCUCGUCGAAGCGUGUGGGCGAACUCACCGCGCAACACGGCGACGUGGUCGUUGUCAAAAGCUCGGAGGCCGUCGACGUGGAUUUCCGCAUGGACGGCUUCGGGUUCAUCUGCAUCGCUCGUUCCGUUGCCGGCGGGAGUUUUCGCUCUUCUAACGGUAUAACUGUUCCUGUGAACGGCAGCUGCGAGGCCAAGAACGAUCUCGAGGACGCGCCGGAGCCCGAGGCCGAGUCCCAGCGGCGUGCAUCUGGCUCGACGUCGCCCACGACAUCCACUCACCACAUGCCUCCUCCUCCCAUACCUUCGAGCCGGCACUUGGAUACCAGCUGUCCCCUGGCGAAAUUCUACAUUGGCCCAAAGCCACUCGACCCGACCCAGCCGCUCCACGCCUAUUUUAGCCAUUUUCGUCAUCGCGGCAACGAGCUAGAGGCGGACGGCGCAGGCAACGACGAGAAGGCCCCCGUGUCCGAGCCCAGCAAGCCUGCUACUGAGCCUGUUCUCGACCUCGUACUCGAGCUCGAACUGCCCGACCCGUCCGACACGGCGCGUAUCCUCCACCCAGGAGGGUACAGAGGCAUCAAGGUCACGUACUCUGACGAGCCCGAGCCCAGCCUCGACGACGUCAAGAUGGAGCUCGAUGACGACGACGCCGAGGCAGAGGUCAGCGCGCCGCCGACAUCGGGUCGAGGCCGGGGACGCGGCAGGGGACGCGGUCGCGGUCGUGGUCGUGGGCGAGGUCGUGGAGCUGCUACCACCGCCUCCGCCUCCGCGCCCGCGCCCGCGUCCGUCUCCGCCUCGACUGUCACUACCACUCCUACCCGUGGCCGAGGACGCGGCCGCGGCGCCAGUGCUGCCGCUGCGCCGUCUACGCGCGGGACGGCCAAGGCCGCGCCUGUGGGCCGUGGGCGGGGCCGGGGACGCGGGCGGGGACGAGGCAGGGGAGGGCGCGGCGGCCGUGGCCGGGGCGCAGGGUCCGCUGCUGGGAUCAAGCACGAGGACCUCGAUGCCAUGGACCUGGACCAGGACCAGGACCGCCACGACAUGGGCAUGGACCACGGGCCAGUCGACGUCGUGGCCAUGGAGAAUUGA